AACACAAGUUGUAGUAAAUCCUCAAGUGUCGUCCCGCAUGAUUUUAAUGGCGAGAUACUCCACCAAGUCUCUUGAUUCAAAGAGUAGCUUGCUGUGCUUAAUCGAGAAUAAUUAAAUUAGAUCAGUAUGAUGAUCGUCAGUAUCCUAGUCGCCAUUCUCAUCAUCGUAAUAACCGGCAGUUUCUAUUUAAGAAAACGGAAAAAUCAUCCUCCAGGACCCUUCCAAUGGCCGCUGAUCGGAAAUUUACCGCUCCUGCGAAAAUUAUCUCGAGCUCUCGGUGGUCAGCACUUUGCUAUCCUCGAGCUUUCCCGAAUUUACUCUAGCGACGUUAUCGCACUUCGUUUGGGUGGUAGCAACGUCGUCACUGUUUCCGGUAGAGAGGGUGUCAAAAAGAUUCUACACUCUGAGGAGUACGAUGGAAGACCUUGGAACGAAUUUAUCAAGUUGAGGAACAUGGGGAAUCGAAAUGGAAUAACGAUGACGGACGGUCCGGAAUGGCAAAAAAUGCGUUCAUGGGUGGUUAGAAGCUUGCGUUCGGUCGGCUUUGGCCGACGUGAAAUGUCCGAUUUGUUGAGCGAGGAGCUUCAAGAUGUUCUUAAGAGGAUCGACGGCGGCGGUGUACGCCGUUUGAAACCAAUCUUUACUCCGGCCGUCAUAAACGUCUUGUGGACUUUAGCCACCGGACACCGGUUCUGCGAAGGGAAAAAGCUGCAGUACUUCAUAGAUCUCAUGGAGCGACGCGCACGAGCUUUCGAUAUGGCCGGCGGAGUCCUUUCGGCGAUUCCCUGGAUCAGGCACAUCGCGCCCGAAAGCUCAGGCUACAAUUUACUCACAACGAUCAACAGGGAGGUCAAGGCAUUCUUGAUGGAAACCAUCGACUCUCACAAAGCGAACUACGAACCAGGCAAAAACGAUGACUUGAUAAACAUGUUCCUCGAUGAAAUGUAUUCGGAAAAAGAGACGGCGAGAAGUUUCACAGAUGAUCAGCUAGUCAUGGUAAUGAUGGACCUCUUUAUCGCUGGUGUAAAUACCACAGCAACAACCUUGGAUUUUUUGUUUUUGAACAUGGUCAUAAACCAGGAAGUACAGAAAAAAGUACAACAAGAAAUAGAUGAAAUUGUAGGCAACUCAAGAACCCUAGACCUCAACGAUAGAGCAAAAUUACCGUAUACAGAAGCUGUGAUGACAGAAUCUCAGAGAAUGUGUACAGUCACACCAAUCAUAGGACCACGUCGUGUUCUGCAAGAAACGACUCUCUUAGGUUACGAGAUCCCAAAGGAAACUACCAUUCUCAUCAACCUCUGGAGCUUACACAUGAACCCGGAAUAUUAUCCAGAACCUGACAAAUUCGAUCCAGAAAGGUUUAUCAAGAACGGUCUUUACGUUCCAGAUGAAAAUUUGGUGCUAUUCGGCAAGGGUAAACGACGUUGCCCCGGUGAGGUUCUCGCCAGAAGUGCAUUGUACCUCUUAUUUGCCGGCGUUUUGCAGCAUUUUCAAUUACUCCCCGUUCCGGGAGAAGAACCACCAAAAUUAGUGAGAUUACCGGGUCUUACGAUUUCACCCAAACAAUACGAUGUUCUCCUGAGCCCGAGAAAGAUCGGCGCCCCACAAUCCUAACUCCGUUUUUAUGGAGAUUCUUUUCUCAAACCAGCGAGCUCCAGAGCUGUUACGCCUAUCUAAGAAUUGUAUCGGGAGUUCGGAUUUUCGAACAAUGGAUACAGUACGCCGGACCACGAUUUUGAAUUUCAGCAUUUUGAAAAAUGGCUGUUGAUCGAAAAGAUCCUUAUUUCCAUCAAAAUCUCACCAUAUUGGAUCCAUUGUUUCUAAUUUCCAAAUUCCGAUCGUUAUUAUAGGUUUUUUUUUUUAAGUAAUUACUUUUAUGAUGCGCAUAUUUUUAUCCAUUCGAAAUUCAUAUAAGUAAUUAUAAAUACAUAAGCUAUAAAAUGGGUGCUUCGAGCCUUUUGCUCCAGGAGGCAAUGUUAAGAUCAUACGGAGAUGAAUGAUCUACGGGUGAAAUUAUCUCACGAUAUGUUCAAUUUGCAUAAUACCAUAUAUACCUAAUACACAUACGAAAUACACAUGCUUUUAUAUACGUAUACCCACCCGGAGACCCAGGUGAAAGUUUAAAAGGGGUGAAACCGGUGAAAGCAACAAGACAUAAUCUAUGCAUACACCAAGAAAAUCACUAGGCAUCUGGUUUGAUUUUUCUCACUUGAUAUCACGGCGUUCUAGUCGCCAUGGAUAUAUUGAAAUCCUUUGAAUAAUUCUGCGGGUGGCGAUGAGCCUUUCGUAUUCUACGUAAUAUUUGUGCUUGUCGAAGAAAAAUUACCAAGGUCUUGUAAAUGGGAUUUUAUUUUUAAGAAUUUCCAUCCAUACCACUAUCUGAAAUGUAUAUUUAUUAUAGUGAUAACUACUUAUAUGAAUAUAUCAUCGAACGUUUCGUUUACAUAUAUAUAGAAUAAAAGAAAUACAAUGAAA